AUGGCCGAAAAGAAGGAUGUUUACCGGGCCGUCUCCUCCUUCACUGGUGACGCAACACUGUACCAAGAGCUAGCGGACACCAUCUGCGUAUUGGCUGCACUCAUUCAAGUUGUGCCAGAGACGUACCUGCCCGAUGACACGACGCGGACGCAACACGUUGUCCCACGCGGUUCGACGACAGAAGACUAUUAUUACGACGACACCAUAGACCUUGAUGUUGAUGGUUUGGGCGAGUGUUACUUGCCCAGUAGCGAAGAUGCGCAGCUGAGUAAAUUGAAAGACGAGUUGGUGGACCGUCUCUCCGAAACUUUGGCGAGGUUCAAGUCACCUCCGUCGCCGGCAAACCAGGACGCGAAGCAUGUCUCCAGUGUUAUCUUGAUAGAGAGCGCUGAGCACAAUACGGUGACCUUUCUUUGCGCCAAGAAUGAGGGCCUAGAUGAGCAAGACAGGGAGCAGUUCUUGCGUGGCUGGAAAGAUCUAAUGGAAAAGAUCGCGCGGUCAGACGAUUCAGGAGCUGGCACUUUCUUCCAGGAUAUGUUCAACUUGGUCAUCGCCCAGCAGAAACCGCGUAUUCUACACUACAUCAGCUCGCUAGAUCAAGCGAUGAGGUCAAUCCAACCUGAUAACGUUAUGGGUUCAGCCACCCCACAGCCAUUAGGUUCUCCAAGCAUCCCGAUUCCGCUGCUUGAGGAAUUUGUGCGCGGAGCUGGAGAGUUACCUGUGGCACAUACUCCGACUUGGAUCGACAAUCAUGGCCACAGGUACUGCUUUGCCCUCAACCCUACGGCUGGUCAAGUGCAGUCGAUGGUGACACCGACGUGGUCCGAUUCUGGCAAUCUGGGCCUUCAAAUAGAUCGGAUCUUAUGCUCCGCGCGGAAAUUAUCCAGCGACACGUGCCCCGAGAUUGAAUGGCGUCCUGAGCUCGAGAAUCUCAUGAGGAGCGCGCUACGUCUUUGGAGGUCGGAACACGGUCAGGUGGCUCUGAGAUCAUGGACCAAACGCCAAUUUACGGGCGGAUCCUCACAACAGAAACUGUUCCACGACUCUCUGCUGUAUUUGGCCCGUAUCUACUACGCCGUAGAGGUGUUUAUGGAAGCAGCUCGGAAGUUUGUGUGUGGUCGUUCGGUUUGUUACGUUUCCGCACCGUUUCUCGCCAUACAAUGCCGAAGACGAGGUCGACUGGAUCCAGCUGACGCUACUUCGAAGACAUUGGCAACUCUUGUCGUCGACAAGAGAAAGAUCUCACCUAAGGUCACCAGAGACUUGGAACAGAGUUUGCCAAAGCUGUACCAGCAGAAUGAGAAUGAUCGACAUACUCACGCUGAAAUUCAGGCACUUUACCACCUCGAAGUGCUAUUUCCGAGCCAGGAUAAAACCUACACCGUGCAUCCGUAUAUUGGCUGCAGCAGACGCUGCUGCUUCCUCUGCAAGGCCUUCGUCGAAGUCACAUAUCCCGAAAUGAGAGUCCGAGGCACCCACUACUCGCUAAUGCACCGUUGGGAACUUCAGCAACACUUCCCCAGCGCUGCACUGAGAGGAAAGUUCGAAAAUGCACUUCUUGGGCGAGUGAGCCCGAAGAAGGCUCUGGCACAGUCUUCCUUCGGCUUGCCUUCUGAGGCGUCACUUGAAUGGGGGCGGUUGGCCAAGAUGGAGCGGGCGCACACAAAGACAAAGUAUGUGCAGACCGCCGUCGACGACGAUUUCUUGAUCGCACCGAUUCCGCGGAAACCAGGACUUGUUACUGUCUCCAGUGGACAGUGGACAUCAUCCAAAGUCAUGAAUUUGGGCGGCGCAGAGAAACUUCGGUUGAAUUUCAUAAGACAGAAGCAUGGGCUUGAGAAAUUGGAUGAAAUGCCCCCAUUAGAAUCUUCCAGGGCAAACAUUUGCCGCUUCUGCGACAGCGGACCCGCUCUCUUCCGCUGCUGCGCCUGCCGUAUGCUAUAUUGCUCCCAAGCAUGCCAAAGGAGAGACUGGAAGACGCAUGUUUUCGUUUGCAGGGUAAAAGAUCGUCCAAAUAAAGUGGACAACCUGCGGUGGUUUCUCAAGCGAUACGUUGGCAGAGAUCCCGUUGCUGAUGAGCCUGAGCUCAUGGAGCGUCUGUUUGCUGACGACGAUCUCUGCUACACCUUUGGGUUCAAUCAGUGUGUUUCGGCCGGCGAAACACGUUAUCUGCUCUUCAUUUUGCAGCACACUUUAGGGUUACACAAGCCGCGGGAUCUGCAGCGGUGGAUUGACGAAAACUGCCUGCAUCGGCAGUUGCGCGAGUCUUUCUUCCUAUCACGUUCGACUCGAGACAAGAACCUUCCUACAAACGAGGCAUUCUCAUGGUAUUUGAAUGAGUACACGACAAACCGUCUCUCUCAGCCAUCUAUCUAUGGGAGAUAUCGACAUCAAUUGUUCGCUCUCCAAUUCGUCAAGGCGUUGUUCCGACUCGCUCCAAUCCCGACUGAGUGGCAAGACCUGCCCCCGAAGGAGAAUAGGGUUCUACGAUUGUACUCCAGGCUCCUACAGCCAUUUAACAACAUUCCGACCCCCUUUGAUCAAGAGUGGCUCCUUUUUGGGUUCUGCUACUGCAGUACACAUGCCCAAUGCCAGCAGCUACGAUCUGCAUACUUGCAGCUAUCGGCACGACAGCUGCCUCUUGGCCACAUUGCUGAACAUCUCGGCUGCCAAGAGCAUACUAUAGACCUUUUCAGAAGUCAGAAUAUUGACAUUGCAAACUUGCUGGACCAAGGCAUACGACCUGGACUUCCAGUGCCCCGAGAUGUUAGUGCUUAUCGACUGGUCGCCGAGGUCAAGCACGCCCUGUCUGGCAGGUUCUGUUCAUGCUUCCACCGCCGCAAAUACCCCAGAGGUUAUGCGUUCUUCGAAAAUGAGUCCCAUCUAUCUAUCCCAUCCGAAAUAGAAUACGGCUUUCACGGGACAGAAGAGUGGGAGCGGUGGCAGUUGCUAAACUUUUACCAGCACGUGUUUUCGCUGCCGGCGUUUGAUGUAGGGGAACUGCAAGCAGCAAACGCGGCCAACUCUCUGACGGAUUACCUCGAUCGUCUAGUGCCAGAUUUCAGGUUUAAACUAUUUUGCAAAUACCGGACGAGUUUAACGUUUCCAGCGCUAGGGGCGACUGUGCGGAACAGAGCCACAGGUGAGCGCGUGCAUGAUGUGGAUUACUCGGUAGUCCACGAUGUCCAGCAGUCUUUUGGACUAUCCAACCCUCUGAAAAGGCACCUAGUCUGCGACCUGGACUUACUGCCGGGCGGUGACACAACAAGCUAUGUCGUCCGGGCAUUUGGGAUGAUGACGUGGCUCGCACCUAUCGGGGCUUUUCUGUUCCUUUUCCUUUUGCUUGUUCGUCUUUCUUUACCUGUUCUUGUGUUUCUUAAAACCCUUGCUGCUACUGGCUGCGAUAAGCUGGUUGGUAUACAACGAUGCCUGUACGGAAGCCACUAUCCCUCUCUAGAUAAUGACAUAUCCGCUCCUUUCUUACGCACUCGACCUGGGUCUCUCCCCUCAAGUGUCAUCAUUGACAUGUCAGAAUCAUCCUCGGGCAUCUCGCAAGUAGUCACCUCCAUAACUUCCGUCCUGUCGUGCACAAUCGCGAUCCCGGCCGGACCGCCUUCCCUUCCUAUUAAUCCCGCCCCUAAACCGCUAUGCCUUAAGGAACGUAGUUCCGAGAGGUUCUUUAGUGCUUGA